AUGAAGCGGAAGCUCGAUGCCAAUGACGUUCCCUCCACAGAUGCCGUGGAGGAAAAUGACGCCGUCGACCCCAGUUUUGAGGCCCUCGACCCGAGGUUGCGCCAGGCUUUAAUCAAAGAGAAGUUCACAAAGCCCACUCUCGUGCAGUCGAAAGCGAUUCCGCUGGCUCUUGAAGGAAAAGAUAUUCUUGCUCGGGCAAAGACUGGCUCCGGCAAGACUGCUGCAUAUGUUCUGCCGAUCUUGCAGACGAUUCUCCAAAAGAAAGCCAGCAACCCCUCCUUGAAAGCUACCACCGGUCUAAUCCUCGUCCCGACUCGAGAACUCGCCGAGCAAGUCCAAAAGGUUGUCACGACGUUCGCUGCAUUCUGUGGAAAGGAGGUCCGCUCUGUGAACCUCACCCAAAAGGUUUCCGAUGCUGUACAGCGAUCCAUGCUUUCUGAUUGCCCCGAUAUUGUCAUCUCCACCCCCGCUCGAGUACUGGCCAACAUCAACAACUCGGCUCUUUCGCUGGAGCAGCUCACACAUCUCGUCAUCGACGAGGCUGACUUGGUGCUUUCAUACGGGUACGAGGAUGAUAUCAAUGCUCUUGCAAAGGCCGUUCCACGAGGCGUGCAGACAUUCCUCAUGAGCGCCACUCUCACCUCGGAAGUCGAUACCCUCAAGGGCUUGUUUUGCCGGAGCCCAGUCAUUCUCAAGCUGGAAGAGACAGAGGAUAAGGGCGGCGAAGUCAGCCAGUUCAUUGUCAAAUGCGCGGAAGACGAAAAGUUCCUCUUGACCUAUGUCAUCUUCAAGUUACAGUUGGUGAAAGGAAAGUGUAUUAUUUUCGUGGCCGACGUCGACCGGUGCUACCGUGUCAAGCUUUUCUUAGAACAGUUCGGCAUCAAGAGCUGUGUCCUCAACUCAGAAUUACCCGUCAACUCCAGAAUACACGUGGUUCAAGAAUUCAACAAAGGUGUCUACGACAUUAUUAUCGCUGCUGAUGACGAAGAGGUCAUGGGAUCUCGAAAAACGGCGAAGAAAUCCAACGAGGGGGAGGACGCCGAGGCCAAGGAAGAGUUCGGCUCUAGCGACGAGGAAAACCAGGCUGAAGAGAAGGAGACUAAAGAAUCGAAACGCAAGGCUCCCUCGCGCCCCGAGAAGCGCCGCAAACUCACAGCCAAGGAGAAGGACUACGGGAUCUCCCGGGGCAUCGAUUUCCAGAACGUUGCGUGCGUCCUCAACUUUGAUUUGCCCACGAACUCGAAAUCGUACACCCACCGGAUCGGACGAACAGGUCGCGCGGGGAAGACUGGGAUGGCAUUAUCAUUUGUGGUCCCAUCAGACCUGUUCGGCAAGCACAAACCCACCUCGGUCUCGACUGCGAAGCACGACGAGGGCGUGCUCGCCAAGAUCGUCAAGCGCCAGUCCAAGCUGGGCCACGAGGUGAAGCCGUAUCACUUCGAGAUGAAGCAGGUGGACGCCUUCCGGUACCGGAUGACAGACGCACUGCGGGCCGUGACCCGGCUGGCGGUACAGGACGCGCGGGCGCGCGAGAUCCGCCAGGAACUGAUCAAGAGCGAGAAACUCAAGCGCCACUUCGAGGAGAACCCGGACGAGCUGCGCCAUUUGCGCCACGACGGCGAGCUCCGCGCCGCCCGCAUCCAGCAACACCUGAAGCACGUCCCGGAGUACCUGAUGCCCGCCAAGGGCCGCAAGGGCAUCUCCUCCGAGGAUGUAGGGUACGUCGGGUUCCGCAAGGCAAGCGAGAAUCGCAUCCGCAAAGCGAGAGAACGCAACCGCAAUAAGGGGCGGGGGAAGAAGUCUAGCAAGGUUGAUCCCUUGAAGACGUUUAACAAAAAGUGA